AUCAGCGAUUGAAACUGUCCGGGGGAGUGUCAUUGGCUAGAAGCACUUUCUUCCUGUUUCACUUCAACGAACGUGGGAGUUAUUCCUUGUAAUGUUGUGAAUGUCGGAGAACAUUAGCUCCACAAAAGUCAUCCAACAGCUAGCGAGCUUCUUCUAGCACGCGCUUACGACCCCGGGCUUCGUGUCGAGGUGGGGAGCCCAUCUAAGAGUCGUCGUGUUUCCAGGUGUGGAGCAUGUGGGCGUCCUGCUGUAACUGGUUAUGUUUGGACACUGCCACGGUGGAGGGGAGCAACAGCAGCACGCGUCACCAGGCCUAUACUAACUCCGGCUACAGCAACUACCCGUCGCCCCCACUCCCGGACCACACGUGCAAAGCCUGCGGAAGCCACUUCGUCACCCUAGCCAGAAAGCAUGUCUGCAUGGACUGCAAGAAGAACUACUGCGGCAGGUGUUCGGCCCAGCUUGAGCCCCGUCCACGCCUUUGCCACACCUGCCAGCGGUUCCACGGCACACUCUUCAAUCGCACCGAGCUGAUGAAGCUCAAGGUGAAGGACCUGCGCGACUACCUCCACCGGCACGAGGUCUCAACGCAGAUGUGCCGCGAGAAAGAGGAACUGGUGGAGCUGGUCCUGGGACAGCAGACGCAGUCACCCUCUGGCCCAAUCGUAAACCCUCUGACCCAAACCGCCACCCAGCAUGAGACAACUCCUCCUCCAGCCCUCCCCACCACCACCACCACACCCUCUACACACCCUGACUCCACAUCCACCUCCACAGACCAUGUCCCUUCACAGCCGCCACCCACUCAGGAGGACAGUCAGACCCUGUCUGUGUUGGUGCCCUCGGGUCUUGAGGAGCCACUGGACACUGAGGGAGACACUGAGUUGCAGGAGCUGCAGUCCUCAGACACAGAGGAGGUGCUGGUGCCAGGCCGCAGGGCGUCGCUGUCCGACCUGGCCAUGGCAGAGGACAUCGAGGCCCUCAGUGUCCGGCAGCUCAAAGAGAUCCUGGCCCGUAACUUUGUCAACUACAAGGGCUGCUGCGAAAAGUGGGAGCUAAUGGAGAGGGUCACCCGCCUCUACCACGACCAGAAGGACCUCCAGAAUCAUCUGGUUUCAAGUACAAAAGACGGCACAGACCCCAGCGGUACCCCUGGCCAGGAGGAGAACCUGUGUAAGAUCUGCAUGGACUCUCCCAUUGACUGUGUCCUGCUGGAGUGUGGCCACAUGGUCACCUGCACCAAGUGUGGCAAGCGGAUGAGCGAGUGCCCCGUCUGCAGGCAGUAUGUGGUGCGGGCCGUUCACGUCUUUCGAUCCUGAGACCCAAGCCUUGGGAAUCCCCCCACCUCCUGUAAAUAAAUAAGGGGAUAGCUACUUGUGGCCUUACAACCCAUAGACUAGACGAGGGGUAUUAAACUCUUACCCUACGGGGUCCGGAGCCAGCUGGUUUUCUGUUCUACCUGAUACUUAAUUGCACCUACCUGGUGUUCAAGGUCUAAAUCAGUCUGAGAUUUAGAGGGGAACAAUAAAUAAAAAAAGCAGUGGAACUGGCUUUGAGAUCCAGAGUUGAGUUUAAGGGGACUAGACUAAUCACCUCUCCCUCCAGAUCUCCACUGCUCUGAUGGUCCUUGAGACCCUGAGUACUGGUUCCUCCUGCUGGAGGGACGAACAGGUGAGGUGAACCUCAUUAUCCCUUUGAUAAACCACACAAACCCAAUGACUGGACAUGGGCACUUCCUACUUUUAUUGACCGGACUCCUAUAGCUCAUAUCUCCAAGCUGAUAAGGAUAUGUCUUAUUAUUAGAAUAAGAGAGUGCCUGUAUUAAACAGGCAAUACCAUAUUUAUUUUUUCAUUUGGAGACCUGCAUAUAAACACAAUUUCAAAGAUUUUGCUGAGUUACAGUUCAUAAAGAAAUUGGUCAACUGAAAUAAAUUCAUUGGGCCCUAAACUAUAGAUUUCAAAUUACUGGAAAGGGGCACAGCCAUGGGUUGGCAUAGGCCCACCCGAUGGGGAGCAAGGCCCAGCCAAUCAGAAUGAGUUUGUCCCCACAAAGGGCUUUAUUACAGACAGAAAUACUCCUCAAAUGUUAAUGGCCUUUUAUUGUCCCCAGCACAAGGUGCACCUGUGUAUUGAUCAUGCUGUAUAAUCAGCUUCUUGAUGUGCCACACCUGUCAGGUGGAUGGAUUAGCUUGAAAAAGGCAAAAAUGCUCACCAUCAGGGAUGUAAACAAAUGUAUGCACAAAAUUUGAGAACAUUUCUGGGAUCUUUUAAUCAGCUCAUGAAACAUGGGACCAACACGAAACAUGUUGCGCUUAUAUUUUUGUUCAGUGUAUAUAUAAGCCCCAAGUGCUCUUAAUAAUGGAUCGGAUUGAUGUAACUGUUAGAGUUGAACCCCCGUAAAAGGGAAAGCAUUUACAUUAGUGGUUGAGUUGAGAACACAUCCAUAGCAGAAACCCCCUGUGGUGGUAUAGUGUAAAAGCCAUGGGAAAACCCGUGUAGAAUGGCGCUGGCUGACUCACAUUCUCUCAGCUUGCCGCUUGUGACUGGGGCCUCCAUCUCAAAAGUGUGUUGCUGUGUGCCAGAAAUUAAACGCAUGCUUGUUUCGUAACCCAUAGACCCGGCAUACAUUGUUUAUCAAUGAAGCAAAGCCGGCAGAUGUUCACUCAAUCCCUCUGCUGUGGAAUCAGGUGGACAUGCCGUUUUAGUGCUUACGUUUUAGCCUGGUCCCAGAUCUGUUUGCGCUGUAUAGCCAACUCCUAUGGCUAUUGUCACGUCAAAACCGAGAGUUCCCUGAGGGAGAGGCCCUUUUUCCACUGCAAACGGCACUAUCUGCCAUACUUUGUAGAAAGACACCAUGGGUGCCGUACACCAACACACCACAAGGAGAGAUGACCGCGAAGGUGACGAGGAACAGAGAGGUCCUGACCAGCACAACAAACCACAAAGGCAGAACUACUACCAGAGGCUUCCGACCAAGGGUUUUGCAUGACAUCGACCAUAGGAUAUGGCUAUACAGCACAAACCGAUCUGGGCACCAGGCUACCUACAUGCUGACAGUGGGAAAGAAUAUGUGGAUCAGUGGUCCUUCACUAUUCCAACUAUAUACAAGUGCUUUAUCCUUCCAAUACUCAACUGUUCAUUGUAUUGUGUCUUUCAGCAUCAACAUUGACCAAAGGCCCUUACACUUGCUAUUGUAUUUGGAUUUUUUUUAAAUAAACCAAAAACCAAAAGAAUGUCAGAAUAGCCUGGUGUAUAGGUAGAUCUAGUCGUGCAUAAGCAUAUAAUUCACUAGUUGUGCGUUAUAUGCGUUGUCAUGACACGGAUACAUAAAAGAUGAGUUGUCGAAAGCACAAGCAGAUCUUUGGCAUUGCCCAAGAUGAAAGUUAAAACUCUUAAAGACAUCUCAUCCGUUUGGCUAGCCAAGUACCUUAACUCCACAAUGAGACUAGCGUUUUUGAAAUGAACCUCCGACUCUUUCGAGUCGCUAUGAGGUCGAUCGUUUUUAAAAUCAUUAAACCCUUGCCGUGUACCUAUGUUUGUCCUCUGUUGCAUGCCUUUCAUUGUUUGCUGAAUACUUUUUAAUAAAACCAAAUACAACAACUGACUGUUUCCUUUUUGAGAUUCGAUUGGCACAUGCGGCAUCACGCUGAGUUGCCAUCUUAGAGCAACAGCCAUGUGGAAACAGUCGGUGGUUGUAUUUGAUUAACGUUUUAUAAAAAAAAUGUGGGAUUUACACAAAGGCAUGUAACAACAGACAAACAGGUACAUGGUAAGGGUUAAAUCAUUUUCAAAAUGUAAGUAUUGACUGCAUAGUAGGAGGUUCAUUUAAACGAGUCUGCGCUCAACUGGAUGAAAUCAUUGUGGAGUUGAGGAACUUGGCAACCGUUUGGCAUGAGUCUAAAGGCUCAACAAUGGUGAAAGUAUCUUGAACAAUCCAUUGCCCAUUAUCAGCUAUAGGUAUUAUAAGUCUCCGAUUAAUGACAGGUAGUUGGGUGUUUUUGCAUACUCCAGUGCUAGACCUCCAGUCCCUCCCAUCCCGGCUGAACAUAAUGAAAGAUUGUUUGACUCUUAAUAAGUGGCCUUCAAAAACCAGCACCUUUACUCGUGACAGUGAGCACACAAAUAAUGCAGCGUUGUGAAAUCGUGUGCUUGCUCGGUUAGAUGGAAAAUGUGUAUUGUCAAGACGAUAGAGCUGUGUACAUUGCACUAAGCUACAUUAAAGAAAUGUAGCUUGGUAUUGAAUAAGUAAGGAGUCUGGAAUUGAGAUGGCUCCAAUGUGUCCCAAAUUGCACCCUAUCCCCCAUAUAGUGCACUAUAUAGGGUAUAGGGUGCCAUUUGGGACAGCUACAUUGUAUGAUGAAAGGAAGCGUACUUGACCUAUUUUUCUUUCUGAUAAAUGAGGCGUUUUGAUAUAUAUUUACUUGACCAUUGUUAGAUUUUUAGGUUGCGAUUAGAUUUCUAGCGACUGCGAAAUAAAGAAUUUAGAAAUACCAUUGAAAUUAUGGCCCUUGAAUUUACCAAUGUGGCUGUUGUCUUUAUUUUCCACCAGAUCUCUUAACAGCAUUUCUAGCCAAACAGUCUAUUUUCUUAACUGCUUUGAUACAUUUCUGAAAGACUUAAGUAUAAAAACUACCUCAUACUUUUGUGUGCCUUUUUCUGACAUUUUUUCUGAUUAAAAACAUUUCCACA